GGCGGAGAGUUGGCGCCGGCUGAGUUGCGUGGCUUGUGCAGGUUCGCGAAAACUUGGCCGAGUUCGCCCGAAGCGAAGGCGUGCCUGCGCCCGUGGCCGGCAGAGCGCUUUGCCGGCCCCGCCUGCUGCCUCGCAACCUGCUCGGCAUGGCCGGCUUUGUCGGCCGAGGGAUGUGCUGGGGCAAGCGGGGCCGGGGCUCCCGCGGCGGGGGCGCGCUGCUGGUGCUGGGGCUGCUGGCCGGCAUCGGCUUCCUUGCCUGGCGACACGGCCCCUCGCCCCGCCGCGCUGCCCGCGGAGCUCCGCCGCCACCCCCUCCGCCCGCCGACGCCGAACAGCUGCGGAAGCCGGUGUACGCUAAGCCCGACCCGGAGCCGGGGGCGCUGGGCGAGUUGGGCCGGGCGGUGCGGCUGGAGCUGAGCCCAGCGGAGAAGCUCCGCCAGGAGGAGAGCAUCCGACGGCACCAGAUCAACAUCUACCUGAGCGACCGCAUCUCGCUGCACCGCCGCCUGCCCGAGCGCUGGCACCCGUUGUGCAAAGAGAAGAAGUAUGAUUACUACAGCCUGCCCAAAACCUCAGUUGUGAUAGCUUUCUAUAAUGAGGCUUGGUCAACGCUUCUGCGAACUGUUCAUAGUGUUCUUGAGACAUCUCCAGAUAUACUUUUAGAAGAAGUUAUCCUUGUGGAUGAUUACAGUGACAAAGACCAUUUAAAGGAGCCUUUGGAGAACUAUGUGGCUGGCUUACACAAGGUGCGUCUUAUUCGUGCGAACAAGAGGGAAGGACUGGUUCGAGCUCGACUGCUGGGGGCUUCUAUAGCCAAAGGGGACAUUCUGACCUUCCUGGACUGCCACUGUGAAUGCCACGAGGGCUGGCUGGAACCACUUCUGGAAAGGAUCGCAGAAGAAGAAUCAGCUGUCGUAUGCCCUGUUAUUGAUGUUAUUGAUUGGAACACGUUUGAGUACUUGGGAAAUGCUGGUGAGCCACAGAUUGGUGGAUUUGACUGGAGAUUGGUCUUCACAUGGCACACUACCCCUGAGAGAGAACAGAAACGAAGGAAGUCCAAGAUUGAUGUGAUCAGGUCUCCCACCAUGGCAGGUGGAUUGUUUUCUGUGAGUAAGAAGUAUUUUGAUUAUCUUGGUUCAUAUGAUACAGGAAUGGAAGUCUGGGGAGGAGAAAACCUUGAGUUUUCAUUUAGGAUAUGGCAGUGUGGCGGAAGUCUUGAAAUCCACCCUUGCUCACAUGUAGGCCAUGUUUUCCCCAAACAAGCUCCCUAUUCCCGGUCAAAAGCUCUUGCAAACAGCGUGCGUGCAGCUGAAGUGUGGAUGGAUGAAUAUAAAGAACUUUAUUAUCAUCGAAACCCACAUGCACGCCUGGAACCAUAUGGAGAUGUGACAGAGAGGAGACUCCUUCGAGAGAAACUGAAAUGUAAGGACUUCAAGUGGUUCUUGGAGAAUGUGUACCCAGAGCUUCAUGUACCUGAGGACAGACCAGGCUUCUUUGGCAUGUUGAAGAAUAGAGGAAUGGCCAACUUCUGCUUUGAUUAUAACCCUUCAAAUGAACAUGAAAUAACUGGACACAGGGUCAUACUAUACCCAUGUCAUGGCAUGGGACAAAAUCAGUUUUUUGAGUACACAUCCCAUAAUGAAAUACGCUACAACACUCGACAGCCUGAAGCCUGUGCAGCAGUUAUUGCGGGGACUGACUAUUUGACAAUGAAUUUGUGUCAAGAGAACAUUCACCUUGUUCCUGAAAACCAGAAGUUUGCUUUCAGAGAGGAUGGUACUUUGUUUCAUAUGCAAACUCAGAAGUGCUUACAAGCAGAGUCAAACUCCUACAAUGGUAAUCCAGCACCAGUACUACGACCGUGUACCAAUUCAGACUACCAAAAAUGGUUCUUCAAAGAAAGAAGUUGAUCCAGAUGUCGUCUAGUAUAUAGCUGAAAAUGAAAACAUUCUCUUUCUAGUCAGCAGGUAGUCAGCCUUUUGAGAAUUCUUUAAGUGAUAUAUUUUUAUAUGAGAAGGACAGUAAUUAGUUUAAAAGGAUUAAAUUUUGUGUUUCUGAAGCAUUAAACUGCACUAAUUAUGGAGAAAUACAUUAAGUAAGUACUGUGGUUAUGUCAUGUCACAGAACCUGCUCCUCUUCAGUUCCCUUUAUUUGGCAGCUACAUAACUGUUUCUGAAGUGUCUUAGGUUCUUUUCACAAGUGACAAUGUAUACUUUAAUGUACUGUGUGAAAGAAAGUAAGGCAGUCAAAAUAAUUGCACUAAUGUUAUCUGCCAAUAACUUAAAAUGUUUAUUUUUCUACUAAAACAUUUUGCAGUUGUGCCUUUUAACAGAUGCUAGUUAAUAUUUCUCCCCCUCUUUUAGAUACCAACAGGGCAAAUCUAGGCUAGUUCUGCCCCUAACUGGCUACAACAGGCCCCUCACUGAAGACAGUGUGGAUUUGCACAUUGUAGCAGAAAGGUCUGCAUAUUUUUGCACAGAUAACAAUCUAGAUGCAUACAGAUUGCACAUGCUUGACAAUACUAUACAUUAAAUGUUGUGACAAUUUGAGUUGCUCGAGGCACUUGUUGAGUUUCUAAGCAUGCUUUGGUCUGAUUUUGCAAGAAGAGUGUUUUUUUCCUCACCUUUCAUGAAGAAAUGAGGCAACAAUCGCAGCUGGAAAUGUUUUAUGUCUAGAAGUGAGAAGAUUUUGACCAUUCUUCCCUCAAAAAUCUUGGUUUCUUCCAUUAUUUGUUCUUGUUUUCUGCAUAAAAUGUACAGAACUUCCUUUGAAUCCUCAUAAGUUCAUGUCAUUUUGUUGUAUCUAUUUAUAUGAUUAGGGUGUAGGGGGAACAUUUCUUCCUGUAGUGGAUAUACACGGACGUUCUACCAAGAUCUAUCAAAAACCCCAUAGACUGAAUAUUUUUGUGGAGAACUUUAAAGCUCUGUCUCUGUGGGUUGGAUUGAUGAAAUCAAUGUUAGAACUAAUAAAAUAUUUUGUAACUCCUUACAGUGGCAACUGUGGGAGUUUGUUUGUUUGUUUGUUUCA